AUGAAGCUCCUCACUCUCAUCUCUGCUCUCGCUACUGCGAGCCUCGUGUCCGCGGACCAGAGGUCUCAACUUGAACAUCCCAAUUGGCCCCCGAGUCGCUUAAGUGCCCGUGGUAGCACUUGCCCCAGGCCCAUGUGUCAAACACCUUCUUCUCAAGGGCCGAAUGACGCUCCUGCCUGCGGCGACUCCUACGCAGCGUGCAAGUUCGACCAGUUCCCUUGCGACGACUACAUGACUCCGAAGGUUACCGACACUCACCAUUGCUACUGCAUCUUGGCCAACAAGAAGGCAAUGGAUGCGUACUGCCAGGAACGCGGAUUCAAGAGUGGUACCAACCCUUGGAAGUACUACUACGCGGUCGAGUGCCACGGUGCUGUCAAUAACAAAGUUUGCAACAAGGAUUGCCAUGAUCAGGGCCGUGGAAAUGGCAAAAUCGACAAGGCGCAUCCGAAUGGCGCAUGUGCAUGCGAUAAGCCUAACCCGCCUUAUGACACAUGCAAGUCUUGA